AUGGGUGAUGAGAGUGUUGAGUAUAUUUUGCCACCCUGGGAAGCAGAGGCUUUAAUCGAAAAUCUGAGGCCCUCGAGUCUCGAUGAAAUCGGGAUGAAAAAAUGGUUCGAGAAUCAUCAGAGGCUCAUGCUUCUGCAUCAGCAGAGCGUUUUGGAGAUUAGCACGUUGAGGGAAGAGGCUGUCAAGGAGUGGUUUGUCAAUUUUCAAAAGAUCCCGAUUUUGAUUUACGAAGCGAUUCAAAUCUCUAUCUGGAAGGAAAAGGUAUUUCCGGUGAUAAUCGGAGCAAAUGGCGAGCCCUCCAAUACUUUCAUGAUGUACAGUAUUUUUUAUCACGAAAGUCUAGUUGUUUCUCUCCUGGAGAACGUUCUCUUCCACUCUGACAGCGUGGAAACUCUAGAUGAUUCGGCUCUAGACCUGGUUGACUACUCCAUAGGCAAUGUGACUGCUCUGAUUUUUUCUGAGACAGAACCACAGGUUUCCCUUCCAGAAAACGCAUCCUGCCUCGAGGAAUUAGUUUUUAAACGACAGCAGAUGCAAUUCGAUAUCGCGAUGAAGUCAAUUUCGAUUUUGUCGUAUCUGUCGGGUUUUGCGGAGAGUCUUUCCUUGGCUGUUAUCAAAAGACUCAUGGCGACUCAUGAUCUGCCCUAUCUGAUGACGACAUUAAUUGAGAAAAAGCCCUGGAGGAAAAUUAGUAAAGAGGGCGAGGAAAUUUAUACGUCCACUUGGGAGAAAGUCAAGGAAAACGAAAGGGAUAAAAUCUGUAAGACUGAGGGACAGAUUUGGAUCGCACUUCGAGAACUUCUCUUGAAUCCUAAAUGCGCCCCGUAUUAUCCAAUCAAUGAGUUCCGAAUAUCGGAAUUGUCGAAGCUGCAAAAAUAUCUGCACGAGCGAGUUUUGGAUCAAAUAUCUCCUCUGAUCGACCUACGUCGAUGGCUGGGGUAUCUCACCCUCUCGCCUCCUGCGAACAACUCAAACCCUCCGAUUUCUGUGGAAAUAAUCCCCCAGAUUCGCUCCUCUAUUCUCGAUAAAUACAGAAAGAAGUGGAAGAAAAUCGCGAAAUUUCAGGGAGAGUUGUUCUACAAUAAUGACGUCAAUCAUGUUAAAAGUUACGCUGAAAUACUCAGUGCAGCGUACGAUGUUGAUAAAAUUGUGGCCACAGCCACUAAAACUUGCGCUCUUUGCUUGCAAAUUGCAACAAAAAAGUGCUCGAAAUGCAAAAUCGUUUGGUACUGCGGAAGGGAAUGUCAAGUCAAAGACUGGACUACCCACAAGGAUCAAUGCGAGAUGAUAAAAUCCGCUGAAACUUGAACUUCAAUUUAACGCAUUAUUUUUUCUCAUCGAUUUAGUGGUAGGAACUGAAUAAAAAUAAAA